ACAACACUGGCUGGCAAGAAGCUGACACAAAGGGAACAACCUGAGGAGACUCUGCUGAGAACCUUCUACAUCUUUGAGCAACUGAGCACGCAUCACUGAGACAACAGGAAAAAUGUCUUCAGCAAAGGGAACAUCCAUCGGCAUCGAUCUGGGAACCACCUAUUCAUGCGUUGGGGUUUUCCAACAUGGCAAGGUGGAAAUCAUCGCCAAUGACCAAGGCAACAGGACCACCCCCAGCUAUGUGGCCUUCACUGACACAGAGAGGCUCAUUGGAGACGCCGCUAAGAACCAAGUCGCUAUGAAUCCCUCCAACACAAUAUUUGAUGCCAAACGAUUGAUCGGAAGAAAGUUUAAUGACUCUGUGGUGCAGUCCGACAUGAAACUCUGGCCUUUCAAGGUGAUCAGCGAUAAUGGAAAGCCCAAAGUUCAGGUGGAGUAUAAAGGCGAGACUAAGACCUUCUUCCCAGAGGAAAUAUCAUCUAUGGUUUUAGUUAAAAUGAAGGAAAUAGCUGAGGCCUACCUGGGACAAAAGGUGUCAAAUGCAGUCAUCACAGUGCCAGCUUAUUUCAACGACUCUCAGAGGCAAGCCACUAAGGACGCUGGAGUCAUCUCUGGACUUAAUGUCCUGAGGAUCAUCAAUGAACCCACAGCAGCAGCUAUCGCCUAUGGCUUGGACAAAGGUAAACGAGGUGAACGCAAUGUGCUGAUCUUCGAUCUUGGUGGAGGCACCUUUGAUGUGUCCAUCCUGACCAUUGAGGACGGCAUCUUUGAGGUGAAAGCCACAGCAGGAGACACUCACCUUGGUGGGGAGGACUUUGAUAACCGGAUGGUCAACCACUUUUUGGAGGAAUUUAAAAGAAAACACAAGAAGGACAUCAGCCAAAACAAGAGAGCAGUGAGGAGACUGAGAACAGCUUGUGAGAGAGCGAAGAGGACCCUGUCCUCAAGCACCCAGGCCAGCAUUGAGAUUGACUCUCUGUUUGAGGGCAUCGACUUCUACACCUCCAUCACAAGGGCUCGCUUUGAAGAGCUCAACUCAGAGCUCUUCAGGGGAACACUGGAGCCAGUAGAGAAAGCUCUACAAGACGCCAAGAUGGAUAAGUCCAAGAUCCAUGAUAUUGUCCUGGUUGGCGGCUCCACAAGAAUUCCCAAAAUCCAGAAGCUCUUGCAGGACUUCUUUAAUGGCAGAGAACUGAACAAGAGCAUUAACCCAGAUGAAGCUGUGGCAUAUGGUGCAGCAGUCCAAGCUGCCAUCCUCAUGGGUGACACCUCAGAGAAUGUACAAGACCUGCUGCUGCUGGAUGUGGCUCCUCUGUCUCUAGGCAUUGAGACUGCUGGUGGAGUGAUGACGCCUCUCAUCAAACGCAACACCACCAUCCCGAGCAAGCAAACCCAGAUCUUCACCACAUACUCCGAUAAUCAGCCAGGUGUGCUAAUCCAGGUGUAUGAGGGUGAGAGAGCCAUGACCAAGGACAACAACCUCCUGGGCAAGUUUGAGCUGGCAGGUAUCCCUCCCGCACCCCGAGGUGUUCCACAGGUGGAGGUAACCUUUGACAUCGAUGCCAACGGCAUUCUGAACGUGUCCGCUACCGACAAAAGCACGGGCAAGGAAAACAAAAUCACCAUCACCAACGACAAGGGUCGCCUGAGCAAAGAGGAGAUUGAGCGCAUGGUACAGGACGCCGAUAAGUAUAAAGCUGAGGACGACCUGCAGAGGGACAAGGUCGCCGCAAAGAACUCACUGGAGUCCUACGCUUACCACAUGAAGAGCAGUGUCGAGGAUGAGAGUAUGAAAGGAAAGAUUAAGGAGGAGGAUAAAAAGAUGGUCAUCGACAAGUGCAACGAGACGAUCUCCUGGCUGGAGAACAACCAGCUGGCGGAGAAAGAAGAGUAUGAGCAUCAGCAGAAAGAACUGGAGAAGGUUUGCAAGCCCAUUGUGACAAAGUUGUACCAGGGAGCAGCACCAGAGAGCUGCGGCGGCCAAGCAGGAGGAAGCUCUCAGGGACCCACUAUUGAGGAAGUGGACUAAUGACCAUAUGAUUGUUUAAUUCAACAGAAUCACUGAUUUUGUUCUUGAAUUGUCUUAAUAAAAAUUAUUUAUGUACAAAAAUAAAAAGUAAAUAAAUC